AUGCGCAAAGCCUCAGAAGCAGGGGAUCAACCUUGUUCGGCGUUACGCGAGCGCUUAGCUGCGCCAGGCGCAUUUCUGGAGCGCCUGAAAACAGGCGCGAUGCGACCGGUGCAAGGGAGGCCGUCCGCGGGCCAGUCCGCGCGGAGGCUUCCGCUUACGCUGGCGGAGGCGGUGCCGUCCGCCCUCCGCCCUCUCAUCCUGGCAGCAGCGCUGGUGGCAGCAUCAGCAGCAGCGCUGCUCGGGUGGAGCCCCCUUCGCCCUACCGCCUCUCUCCCUCCACCUGCUGCUGCCUCAGCUGUUCAGAUUCCGCUGGGCGUGCAAGAGGCCAAGCCCUUAGGCCGCCUGUCCAAGCGCGCUCGCCUGCUGUACUGGCUGGACAACCUCUUUGCCACCGAGCCCAACAGCAAGGCCCUCACGCUGCUGGCGAUUUGCAUGCUCUUAACAGCAGUGGGUGGGGUGCUGUACAAGGCAGCAGCCGUGGCGUCCAAUGACGACCCGCCAAUUCCACCACAUGAAACCCCUUUCCCACCUAUUCAAACCUCUUUUAACCUCUUGCUUCCCACUCUCCAGGCCCUCACCCUGCUCGCGAUCUGCAUGCUGCUGACGGCAGUGGGCGGCGUGCUGUACAAGGCAGCAGCCGUGGCGUCCAAUGACGACCUGCCACUUGGCGAGUCCGUGUGGGUGUCAUGGACGUUUGUGAGCAACCCUAGCGAGCAUGUGAAUGAGUCCACUGGUCCAAAGCGUGUGGUGAGCGCGGUGGUAACCGUGGGUGGAAUGCUCUUCUUCGCCUUGCUCGUUGGUCUGGCAACGGAUCUGGUGGCGAGCAAGGUGGACCAGCUGGAGCAGGGCAACGGGGCGGUGAUAGAGAGCAACCAUACCCUUGUCUGUGGCUGGACCCCCAAGACCAUUCCCCUGGUGAAGGCUCUGGUGGAAGCAGGGGAGCGGUCGUCAGUGGUGGUUCUGGCGGAGAUGGAGAGUGUGGAGAUGGAUGGAGAACUGUUGGAGGCUGUACCGGUUGAAGAUCGAGGAGGGAUGCGGGUAAUGACUCGUCGUGGUGAUCCGCUGAAAGCAGCCGAUCUCAACCGCUGCUCCGCCUCCCAGGCAGCGUCCAUCGUCAUCCUCUCGCCCCAACUGGCCUCCCGCCAGCAGGCGGACGCUCAGGUGCUGCAAACCGCCAUGGCACUGGCGAUGCUUCCUGAAAUCCAGGGUGACGUGGUUGCUGAGCUGGCAUGCCCUGAAAACACGAUGCUGCUGGGGAAGCUGCACGCGAGCCUGAUGAAACGACUGGAUAAGGCGAGACAGCAGCACAUGCUGGGGACAUCAUCUGAGGCUGCUCGCCUUGUCACCCAUGCGGGAUCAGCAGCCACAGCCAUCACCACUGCACCAUCUCCCUCCGCUGCUACGACCACCACUGCCGCAACAAACCCCUCCUCUUCAAUCCCCACCGCCACCACCGAAAGCACUGCAGCAGCUGCUGCCUCCACCACUACCAGCCACGCUUCGCCGGCCGGACAAGCGAGGACCGGCUCGCGUGGCUCGUCCGCUUCUGCGGGGCAGAGGCGACGCAAGCUGGUGCCUGUGGAGACGGGCGGCAUGGCUUUAAGAGGGCUGGUGGACCUGGCGCUACAGCCGGCUAGCCAUGCUGUGACUGCUGAGCUGCUUGGGUUUAAAGGAGCAGAAUUCCACUUCAAGGAAUGGAAGGAGCUUGAGGGUCGCACCUUUGCAGAGGCGGUGUUCAUGUUUGAAGACGCUGUGCCGUGCGGGGUGCAGCAGAUGGUGGGUUUGGAGGAUGAGCGGACACUUAUCAACCCUCCUGGUGACACUGUGAUUGAGCCCGGGGACCGUCUGCUGGUCAUCGCUGAGUCAGCAGACAGCUACGCGCCACGUAGGCCGACCGCUGAGUCAGCAAAGGAGCGCGAGCUGGCGGAGAAGCGGCUGGCGUCAUUUGCGACGCCGUGGCACUACGACAGCCUGCCACGUGGCAACGUGCGGCGCCGCCACAACGUGCUGAUCGCGGGCGAGUGGAGGGAUGACGUGGCAGAGGCCCUCCUGCUGCUCAGUUCCAAACUGGCUCCUCGCAGUCAGGUGGCAGUGAUGGUCGACUCUCCCUCCCUCUCAGCAGCACAGCAGCGGCUCAACCCCUUCAUCAAAUCAGGCAGCCUCAACCUGAACCUCUCCCUGUACCACGGGCACCUUGGUUCAAUGGCCGAUUUGGAAAGGGUUCCUCUAGAGGCCUUCGACACUGUCAUCGUUCUCGCCCCCCGCUCGCACCAAGCCUCUCCCACCGACCAGCCGCAGAUGCGAGACGAUGAGGGGGGAGCGGAGCGAGAGGGGAUGGGACCCGCAGCAGGAGCGACACACUCCCCUUAUUCUCCUUUCCCCCAUUCCCGUUUUCCCUUCUUUCCCACACCCCAGACCACGGGCACCUUGGUUCAAUGGCCGAUUUGGAAAGGGUUCCUCUAG